GCGCCUAUGGCGUCCCCAUGCAACUCGUAAGCGGCACUAAGACAAACCUUGCUUUACUAUUUCUUGCACUCAGCUCAUCGGGGUAGCUCAAAGUUGGAACUUGAAAGCAAGAUGGGAUCUACGGAAACUGCAACUAAACCAAAGCCUCAUGCAAUCUUUAUCCCAUUUCCAGCACAAGGCCACAUAAAUCCCAUGUUCAAAUUGGCCAAGAUUCUUCACCACAAAGGCUUCCAUAUCACCUUUGUUCACUCGGAAUUCAAUCAGAGAAGGUUGUUGAAAUCAAGGGGGAAAAACGCUCUUGACGGCCUGCCGUCCUUCCAAUUUGAAACCAUUCCAGAUGGACUUCCUUUUUCAGAUGCAGAUGCCACCCAAGAUGUCCCCUCCCUUUGUGAUUCCGCUAGCAAGAACUGCUUGGCACCUUUCAGACAACUCGUUACUAGGCUCAAUAGUAGUCCCGGUGUCCCUCCAGUUUCUUGCAUCGUAUCUGAUGGGAUCAUGAGCUUCACUCUUGAAGUUGCCCGAGAACUAGGCAUCCCUGAUGUCUUCUUUUGGACUACUGGUGCUGGAGGUGUCAUGGCUUACCUCAACUAUCGAAAUCUAGUUGAAAAGGGCUACACACCACUCAAAGAUUGUAGUUAUUUAACAAAUGGUUAUCUAGAUACUACAGUAAUCGAUUGGAUUCCAGGAAUGAAAGGAAUACGCUUGAAGGACUUGCCAAGUUUCAUUAGAACCACAGACCGCAACGAUAUUAUGUUGAAUUUUGCUAUUAAUCAAGCUGAGAAGAUUCAUGAUGCAUCUGCUCUUAUUCUGAAUACUUUUGAUGCAAUGGAGCCAGAUGUUUUAGAUGCAUUUUCUUCCAUCCUGCCAGCGGUCUACACCCUUGGUCCUCUUCAUCUGAUAGAGGAUCAACUUCCAGACAAUGAACUGAAAUCUUUGGGAUCAAAUCUAUGGAAAGAAGAACUAGGGUGUAUUGAGUGGCUGGAUUCCAAAGAGCCUAACUCAGUUGUUUAUGUGAAUUUUGGCAGUGUCACAGUUAUGACCCCCCAGCAACUGGUUGAAUUUGCUUGGGGACUUGCUAAAAGUGGAAGGACAUUUCUCUGGAUCAUUAGGCCUGAUUUAGUCAUUGGAGAAACUGCAAUUUUGCCUCCAGAAUUCGUUUUGGACACUAAAGAAAGGGGUCUAUUAGCAAGCUGGUGCCCUCAAGUAGAUGUUCUCAAACAUCCCUCAAUUGGAGGGUUCUUGACACACUGCGGAUGGAACUCUACACUUGAAAGCAUAUGUGCUGGUGUUCCCAUGGUUUGCUGGCCUUUUUUUGCGGAACAGCAAACGAACUGUUGGUAUUGUUGCAAUCAUCUGGGCACAGCUAUGGAAAUUGAUAACAAUGUGAAGAGCGAUGAAGUUGAGAAACUUGUAAAUGAGUUGAUGGUUGGAGAUAGAGGACAAGGGAUGAAGAAGAAGGCAGCAGAACUGAAGAAAUUGGCAGAAGAAGCCAUCACUGCCCCGAGUGGAUCAUCCUACAAAAAUCUUGAAAGUUUGGUUCACGAUGUGCUGAUGUCAAGUCCUGCUCCAAAUUAGACAGCUGUUAAUGCUAUGGUCCAUUUUUCAGUUCUACGGCCAUUUUUGCACAAAAUAUUAAAAUUGCCCUUUUCAAGUCCUGAUGUAAUUUGGGCAUAGGAUAGGAGGGGCAAUUUUGUCAUUUUAAUAUAAGCUUAUUAUGGCCUGUGACAUUAUCUUUUUUUUUUUUGCCUACAAAUUAAGCUCAGA